CCCCGCCCGCCGCGGCUCCCCAGCCCCAGGCCGGGAGGCCCAGAUGGGGGAACCCCGGGUUGGGGCCCCCCUGGACGAUGGCAGCGGCUGGACAGGCAGUGAGGAAGGCAGUGAGGAGGGUACUGGAGGCAGCGAGGGGGCUGGAGGAGACGGUGGCCCGGAUGCAGAGGGUGUCUGGAGCCCAGACAUUGAGCAGAGCUUCCAGGAGGCCCUGGCCAUCUACCCACCCUGCGGCCGCCGGAAAAUCAUCCUGUCUGAUGAAGGCAAGAUGUAUGGUCGGAAUGAACUGAUUGCCCGCUACAUCAAGCUGAGAACGGGGAAGACCCGAACUCGCAAACAGGUCUCUAGUCACAUCCAGGUUUUGACCCGAAGGAAAUCAAGGGAAAUCCAGUCCAAGCUGAAGGCCCUGAAUGUGGACCAGGUUUCCAAGGACAAGGCUUUCCAGACCAUGGCCACCAUGUCCUCGGCGCAGCUCAUCUCUGCACCUUCCCUGCAGGCCAAACUGGGUCCUGCCGGUCCUCAGGCCUCUGAGCUUUUCCAGUUUUGGUCAGGGGGUUCUGGACCCCCCUGGAAUGUUCCAGACGUGAAGCCAUUCUCACAGACACCGUUCUCCUUAUCACUGACUCCCCCAGCUACUGACCUCCCAGGGUACGAGCCCCCCCAAGCUCUCUCACCCCUGCCCCCACCUGCCCCAUCACCCCCAGCCUGGCAGGCUCGGGCCCUGGGCACUGCCCGGUUGCAGCUGGUGGAGUUCUCGGCCUUUGUGGAACCGCCGGAUGCGGCUGACUCUUACCAGAGGCACCUGUUUGUACACAUCAGCCAGCACUGCCCCAGCCCCGGAGCACCCCCGCUCGAGAGUGUGGAUGUCCGGCAGAUCUAUGACAAAUUCCCCGAGAAAAAGGGUGGUCUGCGAGAGCUGUACGAUCGUGGGCCCCCACACGCCUUUUUCCUGGUCAAGUUCUGGGCGGACCUGAACUGGGGCCCAAGUGGUGAGGAGGCAGGGGCUGGUGGUGGCAGCAGCAGCGGUGGCUUCUACGGAGUGAGCAGCCAGUAUGAGAGCCUGGAGCACAUGACCCUCACCUGUUCCUCCAAGGUCUGCUCCUUUGGCAAGCAGGUGGUGGAGAAGGUGGAGACGGAGCGGGCCCAGCUGGAGGACGGGAGAUUCGUGUACCGACUGCUGCGCUCGCCCAUGUGUGAGUACCUGGUGAAUUUCUUGCACAAGUUGCGGCAGCUGCCCGAGCGAUACAUGAUGAACAGCGUCCUUGAGAACUUCACCAUCCUCCAGGUGGUGACAAACAGAGACACCCAGGAAUUGCUGCUGUGCACCGCCUACGUCUUCGAGGUCUCCACCAGCGAGCGGGGAGCCCAGCACCACAUAUACCGCCUGGUCAGGGACUGAAGGGGGACCCCAAAACUGGCUCACCCCCGGAACACUCUCCUCCCAGGAAGGACCCUCCAGCUCUCCUUAUGCUACUUAUUUAGGGAGGGGGCUGUGAUUUAAAGGGGCUGACCUCAGAGGCCUAAGCAAUAGGGGACCCCAAAACUUGGUUGGUGAGCUGAACAGGCUGGGACUGAGGAAAGAACAGACUCUGAUAGUGGGACCUCACAGGGGGUGUCUGAAAGGACAGAUCACUCCGGAGCAUCAGGGAUUGAGGACAGGAGUGAGACAACUUCCAGGUACAUUUCUUAGCCUCUGACGGGGCCCCCUCUCCACCUUCUGGAUGUUUCCAAGGGCCUUAGUUACACAGUGGCUUGUCUCCCUUCCUGUUUUCCAGCUGCCCCUCCCCCUAAAUUUCUGCCUCUCCCUACCACUCCUUGUAUCACAAAGAUUAACCCUUUUUGUGCAGGAGCAGAGCCAGGUGGGCCCUGGAAAUAUUUUUAAUAUAAUGAGAUAUUUAUAAGAGUUAUGACUUUAUCUCAGCUGCACAAACAAUGGGGUGAGGCUUUGUAAUCUCAUCCCCCUCCUUCUCAGUGAGCCAUGAGCUGGACUGUGUUUCCUUCCCCAGACCCCAAAGUGUGUUGGUUUGUGUUCUGACAGAGGAUAAAGCUAUUUUACCAAAA